AUGGCCGCUCACACGCCUGUUGCGAGCGGCCAGCGGUCGAGCCCUCGAGAUCUUCGCAAGUGGACCAGUGCGAUCAGCACAGCUUCGCAAUCGCGCAAGUGGCAAAAGGGGUUAUCCAUUUGGUGGAAGAUGUCAGAUCGGUCACUUCGGCCCAACACAUUUACCUUGAAUGCAGCGAUGUCAGCGUGUCGCCAGGGACAUCUCUGGGAGUCGUGUCUUUGGCUCUUUGCAUCCACAGCCACCAAAGGCAUCACAGUGGACACCAUCAGUCUGAACACCUGCUUAAGCGCCUAUGGACAACACCGCUGGAGGUGGAGAUCAGCGCUGAAUCUUUUGAUGGCACAUCACUUGCAGCUUGAUACCUUCACCUACACGGCCCUCUUCGGUGCAAGCAAGGGACAGUGGUGGCUGGCCAGAGCUUGUCUGGAGUCAUAUCACCAAGGUUCAUCUCAGCAUCCAAGCAAGGAGUUCCGCAAUGCAUACAUGUCAGCGGCUUUAAGGGACUGCGACUGGGAUGCUGCCAUCGCUCUGCUCGCGGACGGGCGGGAGGCAACGGCUCGCGAUGCGAUCACCUUCAAGAUCUUGUCCAGAUUUUGGGGCCGAUCUAGUGCCUGGCAAACUUCCGCGGCCUUCCUGCAGGAUGUGCAGCUCACGAGGCUUGGUAUCACCCGAAUACCAGCAGCAGCCACAGUUUUGCUGGUGACAGCCUAUGGGCGCCAAGAACUUUGGCGUUGCGCCGUUGACCAAGUCACUCGGCCAACUCCAGAUGUGGCUUCUGCUGCAGCCAGCGCUGCUCAAAGAGCAACUGCUUGGAGAAGCGCCCUGCAGUGCUUCUCAACAUCCCUUGAGGAGGGGCUUGAAAUCGAUGGGGUGCUCGUCAAUGCCGGAUUGAGUGCUUGGAGAGGAUCAGGAGUUUGGGGCCGUGUGUUAGCUGGGCAUGUGAUAUGGCUGAAGCCCGACGUUUUCACCUUCAGCGUGAUGUUGGAGGGCCUGGGUGCCUCGAAGCAGUGGCUGCAGGCAUGUGCUAUUGCACAUGAACUGCGGCAGGUUGUGCUUCAGUUGGAUGGUACUGUGCAUCGCGGCAUCCUCACGACGAUGAGCGGCGACGAUGGGCGGAGCCGGUGGGCACUGGCUGUUGGAAUGGUGAGAUCUGCACUGCAAGAGGGACUGGAGUUGGAUUUGGGGAACUUGGCCUUGUUUCUGGAUGUGCAGCCAUGGACUCAAGGGCUUCAUAGCAUCAGAGAUGGCCCACUCGCAUUGUACCGGUCGGCGGGCGUCGAAAACCGGUCGCUUUUCGCUGGAAGCUUUCGCUGGCUUCAGCUCUCCCGAGAGUGGGUGAUGGCACUGGGACUUUUCAGCUUCCUGGAAAGAGAUGGGAUCAUGACAGCAUCAGUGGUGGGCCACACUUUGGCUGCUUUGCGGGCAGCAGCUCGGAGGGAUGAAGCACUGGAGCUGUGGAAAGCGCUGGAGGGGCGGAAUCUGGAGAAAGAUGUUGCCCUGCUUGGAGUGGUGCUAAGCCUUUGUGACCGUGCAGAUUUGUGGCAGGAUGCGCUUCACACCUAUCAAUCCUGGCCGACCCAUGCAGAUUUGGUGGCCACCGGUGCCACCAUGGCUUCUUGCUCCAGUGCCUCUCAGUGGGCUCGGUGUUUGAAGCUAGGCCGCGUUGCCACCAUUACCAUCAUGAACUCGGCCACCGAUGCUUGUGCUAAGGUGAGGCACUGGGUCCAAUCGCUGGCCUUGCUGGAGGAAGCGGCUCUUGAAGGUAUUGAGCCGGAUGUCACCACCAUGAACUCUAUGGUUUCCUCCCUGAAGCUUUGGCAUCCCACCUGGAAGCGCAUGCUAGACCACAUGGCUUGGAUACAGAGCCGCUCCAGCAGUCCCACCGCUGAUGUUGUGACAUUGGUUGAAGCGACUUCGAUUUUAAAAGAAUCUGGUGCCUCCAAGCAGACUGUUUGCUUUCUGGGCUCCGUUUUGCCUGCUUUGGAGAAGGGUUUGAAGGCUUCUUCCGGUCUCAGGCACGGAGUCUCAGCAUUGGACAUGCUCUCGGAACAUGAUCAGCUCGGAAGCUUGAGCAAUUGCUUAUUCAUGCGUGUGGUGGGUUUCUCACACCUGCAGGCCCUGCAGGAACUACUUGGCCUUCGCCCUCUUCGCGCUGCGGGAACCCCCUGCGUGUUGCAGAGAUUGCACCUGUACAGCCUUGGUGAGUCGUUGACACAUGAAGCUCUCAAGGAGUUGAAGCUGUCUCCGGAUGGACCCUGGUUGCCGGCCUUCCGCGCGGAAGCGCGGCGCUCCAUGGAGAGCCAGGAGCUUCCAGCGGAAGCGGUCGCCCGCUGGAUGGGGUCCGGAGCGGCGCAGAGACUGCAAAUGCCUGAAGUUCCUCACGGGUCAGAAUGCCUGGAUCAGAAUUUGCAUGCGGUUGGAAAUGUGGGAAGUUUUGAGAAAAGCGGACUGAUCCCAGUGUUCGUCGACCACGAUCGCAGCUCCCAUGCUGAGCGCCAGGUUCUGGUUGCAAUCUUGCGCUGGGUAAGGCGAGAAAGGAGAAAAGGCAUGGUACGAGCGAGAGAACGCAACAGCACUGGCAGGGCUUUGAGUUUGAGAAGGUAA